AUGAUUGAAUUGAGAGACCGGGCUCCAGAUGUGUUAGAUGUAAUGACAACUAUUUGUAAACAACCGUCGGUGACUCACGUUCCUGCAGUUUGUAUGGGCUAUGCUAUUUUGAUGUAUCAGAGGAAUUCCAAGCUGGGAUUGCUUCAGAAGCUAUUGACAGUCAUGAUGGGGUCUGGUGGAUGCAGUCGUAGGGUACGUACAAUAUAAACACCAAAGGUGAGGGGGUACGGUAUUAAUUGAAACAACAACUUGAUUGGAGAGGGGGGGGUGGGGGUGGGGGGGGGGUGCCUUAAAGAAAACUAAUUUAUAAUGUGAAUAGAUAAAAAUGAUUUGCCCUUUAAUCAGUCUUACUGUCAAUCAAAAUGCCUAGACAGUAUAUUAUUAACCGAGAAUGAACCCAAUGUUUUAUUUUGAAACAGCAAAAAACAGGUUACAAAAGGAUCCAAUUAUUUACUAAACUUUGUUAAUAACAACCAAAUAACUAUUUAACAAGUAUUUACCAAAGUGGAGGUAAAAAUGCGGUAGAGGUUUACUGACUUGAAAAGUGGCAAGGCAAAAAUUCACCUCUCCUCACUGACACUGAGGUAAAUAAUUGUUUUAGUGGUCUUUAGUAUACCAUAUAUACCAAAGCAGUGGAUAACCAGCCAAAAACAUUAUAGUUAGAUUAUUUCUCAUAAAAUGGGGAAAAAGUUUGUGAAUGAAAUCCAGAGGUGGAUAUACUGCCAGUAUUCUAGGUUUUAGUAGCCAAUCAGAGUGUAUGAAAAACACUAUCCACUAGUUUGCUAUUUACUAAUACUAGUUUCUUUACAAACACCUCUUUGGCAUGGAUAUUUAUUUUAAAUCCAAGACAGACCAAACAUAAACUUCAAUUGCUCACAUCGACUCACAUCUGUCCAUUAAUGUUGUUUAAUUUUUUCAGACCUUUACUUGCUUGAAUGCUUUAGGCAUCACCCAGUCUCAGAAGACGUGGGUCAGGACCAUGGACACAAUUAGUGAUGCUUUGGUACCAAAGAUCCAGAAGCUGGUGCGGGAAGGUGAAGAGCUACGGGUUAAUUUUGACAACCUUGACUUCCGUAUCUUAGCAAAUCAAGUUCUUUCAAAUCAUCGCAACACGGAUGUACACUGGAUUAACCAGUAUAUUACAUUUGACAGGGUGCCAUCAGGUCAUCUUGACAGCACAAAACCACUGGCAGAUUUGAAGGAACUUCCUUUGACUGAGUAUUUACUUAGUAAAGAUGAGAAAAAAGAGCUAAGAAGUACCAUGAUCACAUUGGUGACAAGAGUGUUAACAAAGAUGAUGCCAUCCCUAAAUCACAUUAAGGAGGCUGUCCCCAAGCACAUUCCCCACCCUCACAGUAAAGAGAUGGCCAAAAAAUCGGUUAUAAUUGGUUUACCUGUACAGCCAUUUAACCAAUCCAAGCAUGCUGAUGUUAUCCAGUACCUUGAUUAUAUGGAAGGCCUCCUUGGUACAAUCUAUACACCAGAAGACCAUCAAGUCCCAGCAAAUGAAUCAACAGAAGAAAAGCAGGCAAGAAUGGACAGAAUCUUGAAUGGUGUUAAAGUACCCCUUGGUGGAGAUCAGCUAGGGAGAGAGAGGGUGACUGGAGCCAAGAAAUUACGCCUGGGGUGUGACAGUGCUACUGCAAGGCAAGAACACAUUGAAGAAAUGCCAGAGCUUUGGCAUGCAAAGCAGGCCUUCCUUAGUGUAAGUGAAAUGGUCUAGCUAACAAAAAUAACAAAUAUAUAAAACAAUAAUAAUUAAAGUAGUAAAAUGUAUGAUAACAAGUGAUAAUAUUUAUGAUUAUCUUUAUGAUCAUUAUUAUAACAACAAAAACAAUAGGAUAUGAAGGUAGCAAUCAUGUCUGAAGUUAGCACCAUUAAUUCUUUGGGGCUUUUAUUUCAGUAUUGUCAAAAAAUAAAUCAGCUAAAAACUGAAAAUAUACACACCAUAUAGAAUUGGAAUUUACAACAAUACUAGCUAGAAUGCACUAUUUUUGUCUGUAAUUUAUAUUACAAUUGUACAAAAAAAAUGUUCUGUGAUUUAAUUAAUAAGAGACCUGUGAUGAAAGCUUUCAUUUGCUAAACAUGAAUCCACAUAUCAAUUGAAUUUAUAAUUUUUUCUGCGUGCCAUGUACUGUUAGCCUCAUUUAUUGCAUCAACACUGCUUUGCAGGAGGAAUCUCCCUGACUCUUUUAACCUGUCUGUUGUUAAGACAUUUAUAUUUUAUUACUGGGUUUAGAAAGCAGUAUUACAUUGUUUAUUAUUAACCUAAUACAUAAUAAACCAUUUUACUUUUCAGUUGAUCUGGGAAAAGCUGUUCAACACAAAGUCCUCUCGUGACAUUGGUACCCUCUACUACUUUAGACAAAAGUUUGGUAGAACAAAUGUUCCUACCCAUGUGAAAAAAAACUACAGUGGUGCAGAAGCCCUUGUCCUUCAAGUGACUCGAGCUCAUAUUUGUGAAGCCUUCAUGACUUGGGCAGGAAUGGAAGACACUGACUCAGAAACAUCCUGUCUCAGUCUUCCCGAAAAGUCAGCAUCUCACCAGGAGAAGAUUGCUUUUGUUGAAGAAAACAUUGGCAGUUUUGUAGACAAGUACUGCAUGGUCCAUUCAGAUGUUGACGAAGCAUGGGCUUUAGAUGAGGAGCAAAGGCAGUCUCUCAGAGAGGAUGGAAAUAGAUUACAUGCCAACCAGACAGCUGCAGGUGCAUAAUAAUUUUUUUAAAUUAGGAUAAUAAUUUUGGUAGAACCAGUAAAAUCACUAUACUAAGGCAAAACUGUUACUUUCAUCACUGAGUUCCACAUUAAUUUAACACAUUCCUCUGACAGAUAACAGAUAAAAGAUACUUAUUUAUAUAUUGUAGGUACCACAGUUCUGCUCAUGAAAGCAACAUCUGCAACUGGAUUGAUAAUGCAGCAUCGGUUAAACUUUGUGGCUACUGGUCUGAUUGUUGAGCCUGGUCUAAUGGCUAUGCCUGGUCCAACUGAAGUUGCAGUUCGAGUAACAGCAUCAUUGAAUACCAGCAACCUGCUUACAGAAACUCAAAAUAAUUUGCAGAUAGGGCAAUUGGUGAUCUGGCCAAAGAAAAGCAUGGCAAUUUUUCAAAGGAAUCCUGUAUUUGUGAAUAUUCAUAACCAGUCAGGAUGUAAGUUGAAACAAGAAGACAACAAAAUCACUCAUGGCCUGAAUAACAAUAAAUAG